AUGUCAGCUUCAGGGAAGGAAACACCGGGCAAUGAACCGGAAAAGCCGUUCCAGUUCGACUUCACUGUCAACAGUCAGUCGACGAGAGACGGCGCUUCAGAAGCCAGCUCCGCGACUCUUAGUGGAGGUCGCGACGACUCGCGCGAGAACACACCGAGCACCCAACCCCAAGAGUCGCCUCUCACGAACAUGAUCCGUAAGUUAGCAGACCAGCAUCUUGUGGUGGCUCCCAUCAGAACAUCGGUGCGCAAAAAGGGCAAGCGCGUUACCAGUCGGACUGCGCCGGAUGCCACUACACCGCCGAGGAAAGCUCGCUCGGCGGAGAUCGAGGAUGAUGUUGAUGAUGAUGUGCAUGGUGGUCGGACAUUUGACCGUGUAGUAGGCCGGCUGGGUGCGCAGUCACCUCUCGUUUACAUCUACAUGAACUCUUCCAGACGGGAAGAAGAGGAGGCAGAUGCACUGGGCUGGCAGCAUGGGCGGGUGGAGGAUAUUCCUGAUGAGAAGGUCAAGGAGGCUGGGCGGCGUCGAAUUGAUGGGAAGGAGAAUGCAAAGCCAACGGCUUAG